GAAGACCCGCUCGCCGGUACUCACUUGAACAGGGCGUUGCCCGUUGUCCCUUGCCGGUAAUAAGUAUAGUAUUGUCGUUUUGUGAAGCUAUGAAGAUCUAGUAACCUGUAGUGAGUGCUCUAGGAAGAUUUUUUACCCAUGAUAAUGGAUUUGUAUGGUGAAAAUCGAGUACUUCGUAUGACGCAGUUCUAUAAGCCGGCAUUGUGUCUUUGUUCCUGUUUUAUGAUGUUCUGGUCCUGCUAUCUUCUAAAGCCCUAGUUGUUAGCCUUGGAUGGUUAAUAUCCCCUAUCGAAGUCCUGUAGAGAUGGUUUAAGUUCCAGUUCAAGUAUAUGUUCCUGUAUUCAAGUUGUACAUGUUGUCUCUCCUGCACCCCGUGUCAAGGACACCGAAGUCUCUUUGUCUGAUGAAGUUUCCCCCUUCCUCCCGUGUAGUUUUCGAAGCGUGAUGACAGGAUGUUUGUGUUUGGAAGAGUGAUUUAAAAAGUUUGUGUUCAGCACUGGAGUUAUGCCAGGAAACAUCACAUAGUAAAUGAUUCCUCGAGGGGACGAACCCCAUCUGAGGGGUAAAAAAGGAAAGUCUACAUUACAGGAGAAAGUUGCAGUUUUUUAUUAUACGUUAGGACUAUUUUGCAUCACAUAUCCAGUCUGUGUUCUAUGUUUCGCUAGUGUUAUUAUAAUUAUAUCAUGGCUACCCCUGGUAAAUGUUUCAUUCCCUGGGAAAGCUCCCCAAGUAUGGACCGCGGACUUCAACAACACAGAAGAAGUUCAACAGCCCUUUUGUUACGUUCAACAGAUAGUGCUGAGGGUUGCAGUAUUGCCGUGGAAAGCUGACCUUACGUUAGGGGAUGCUUUUCGGGCACCCAUUUACGAGGCUUUUAAAUUAUUAGAUGUUGUUAGGAAUUAUCAAGACCAAAAAAGUUUAAAAAAUUUGGGUCAUGUAUGUCUUCAUAUUGAAGCAAUUAAAAGAACAAACGAUAGAUCAAACAUUCUACCCCAAUACAAUUGUCUUGUACUAUCACCGGCGAAUCUCUGGGAUCAAGAUAUUCAACAGUUUUCUCAAGAUAGCUCCAUACUUAGUACCAUUUUUAACUAUCAUAGUUUUCAAAAAGGAAAAACAUCCGUUUCUGAUAUGGUUUUUGGCAUGCACCUAUUUGAUACAGGCAUCAAACGAUAUCCUAUGAGAAGUAGACCUCGGAUAAUACAAUAUGCACUUACAAUAUUUUUCAAAGAUUUUGAUUCAGAGUUUAUAGAAGGAUUAAGAGAUAAAUUAACGACGUUGUAUCCUUUGUACCAAAACGCAAGUUCGUCUUUCAACUACAAAUUAAAUGAUACUGUUUUAAUUAAAUAUCCAGGAGAAAUAAACUACGUAGAAGUAGUACCUUUAGUAAUCGCGUUCGGUUUACUGUUUCUGUAUUAUUACUUCUCUGUGCGAAAAAUUGAAAUAAUCAAAUCCAAACUGGGAAUGGCGUUUACUGCCACAUUCACAAUAUUUUGUAAUCUUACUAUGACUAUGGGAAUCUGUUUUUUCUUUGGUUUAACCCUAAACUCAGAUGGUGGAAAAGGAAUUAUACCUUAUUUAACUUUACUGGUUGGUUUAGAAAACGUUCUUGUACUUACCAAAAGCGUUGUAGCAACACCUUUACAUCUGGAUGUCAAAAUCAGAAACGCACAAGGAUUAAGUAAUGAGGGAUGGUCCAUAACUAAAAAUUUACUACUAGAAAUUACAGUCUUAACUUUUGGACUCUUCACUUUUAUUCCAGAAAUUCAGGAAUUUUCCAUUUUUUCAAUAGUUGCUCUUAUUACUGACUUCUUCUUGCAAAUGUUCUUUUUCUUAACAAUUCUCGGUUUAGACAUGAAUCGUAUGUCACACGCAAUAGAAAAGAUGAGUCAAAAACUUAGAAAUAAUCUAUAUCAGCAACAGAGUUUCUUUGAUAAACCUUUUACUGGCGUUAAGGGUAUGGUACGUUCAAAAUCACAUCCUAGACUUACAAACUUCCCAUCAAAUAUUGUAGUGGCUCCACAAGGUCCACAAGAAAAGAAAAUUCCCAAAAGAGUUAAAUUAGUCAAUAUUUGGGCUAGUACAAGAAUUUUUCAGAGAUCCUUCAUGCUUCUUAUGUUGAUGUACAUAUUUCUGAUUAUUUAUAAGAGUGAUAUAAUGAAUCAAUUCUUACGUAAAACAGUCGACAAACCAGUAGAGAAUAGUACAAUAAUGCAUUUUGAAAGUGUACCUACAGUAAAUAGAUACCCAAUAUCAACUCCUGAUUAUCCAGUUAGUAUCAACUAUGUAACAUAUAGUCCUCUAGAACAGUAUACCCAAAACCAAACGCAAGGCAUAGAAAAAUUAAAGCAUCCUGACUAUACUCCUUGGUUAAAGCUACCUUCAAGACAUUGGUCAGCCAUUCUUCGAAAGUACAACGUUUCCAUAAGUGGCCAAGUAAUCGCACUAUUACCAAAUAUUAAAUUAUCCCAUGUUGUUAGACCGGAACAAGCAGUGAUAUUAAGGAACCCAAAUGAAAAAUAUGGAGAUACAUUUCAAUGGCAAGCUUUAGCUGUUGCAUUGGAUCCAAUAGACUUUUCUGAUGAAACAGCGGGUCAUUCGAUUCCUCAGUCGGAUCAACCAUUUUACCCUACAUCCCCUAUGGAAAUAUUUUUAACAACAAUUCUCUGUUUCAUCAGCGUUGUAGUUUUGGCUUAUGGUGUUUUUGUCCUGUACCGAUGUAUAUGCUCGAGAAAUUACGCAGAAUGGCGAGCUUCUUGGUUUAAUGACAAAGUUGAAGAACAACAAGAAAAUCAAGUGUUACUGGAAGCUAUGCCGAUUGGAUUAGAAGUGCAUAGUCAAGAAAUUGAAUGUAUCGCUACUGAUGGUACUAAUAUUGUUAGCGCUUGCUUGGGAGGACAAAUCAAAGUUUUCGACAACAACACGACAGAAGUAAUAAGUCAGAUCGAUAGAAAAUCACUUUUCACUGACGCUAGGUCAUCAGAUCUGGCUUCUGAACUAGAUGAAACUCUCUCAGACUACGAAUCCGGUUCGCCUCCCUCACGAGAAGAUUCCUUUCCCAAACUCCUCAAUCGUAUAAAUACGGAUUUCUCUAAUACUACUGAUGACCAUUGGGAUCCAACAGAGUAUACUGAUUCCAAGUACAAUUUUAAUAAAUCGUAUCGACAUUUCUAUUAUAACCAUAAUUUCGGUACAAGGUUAAGAAAUAGAUAUGAAUCUUUGAAAGGGGAAACCGCUAAAAGACACAGCAUGGAAAACAUUGCGAAACGUAGAAGUUUAAAUAAUGGUGACGACGGGGAAGUUAGAACUAAAAGUAAUGUAACAUAUAGUAGAUCUAGUUCUGGAGGUGAUAGUAAAUCCAAUACUCCAUGCGAAAGUGGGGAGAGUAGUAACUUUUCUGGACUUAAAUGUAAGUUAUCACCUAUAUGGUGUAUGGACUAUUUGGACAACUUGAUCGUUAUUGGUUGUGCAGAUGGUAGACUUGAAUUUUGGGAAGCAUCUUCUGGAGACUUAAAGUGUAUCUUUGAAGAUGGUGUCGAAUCUGGUAUAAAUCAUCUCAAGAUAGUAGGUGCCAAAGUAAUUGCUGUAAGACUGUGCGGUUUAAUAGAACUGCUCCAGCUUCAAACCUACAAUCAAGGUAGGCCAAUAGACUGGAAUUUUACUUGUGCGUAUAGGAGAAUGCACGUGAGAACUGCUUCUGCUGGGUCUAUUUCUGAGCAGGACCUCAAAAAACCGGGAAAUAACGAAGACGAUUUGCGUGUUAUUAAAAUUCAUUCUUCAAAAGCCCAUCAGCAGCCUAUCACAUGCCUAGACUGCGAAGGAGGGAGAAUAUUGACUGGUAGUCAGGAUCACACGCUAAAGGUUCUUAGGUUAGAAGAUGGCAAUCCUGUGUACACAUUGCAUGGCCAUUGUGGACCAAUUACCUGUUUAUUUAUUGACAGAGUGAAUCCAGCGACUUCAGGUAGUGGUUCACAAGAUGGGAUGUUGUGUGUUUGGGAUUUAUUGACAGGGGCAUGUAUGUACAGCAUUCAAGCUCAUGAUGGAAGUAUAACUUCGUUGACAUACUCGGAGAGUUACGUAAUAUCUCUGGGUACAGACGAACGGCUUUGUGUAUGGGAACGUUUCCAAGGCCACUUGCUCAACACCAUUCAUGUUUCCCAGACAUUUUCCAGCCAAGUUUUGAUGUUAGCGCAACAUUUGGUAGUUACAGCGAGAAGCGGAGGUUUGAUCAUUUGGGAUGUUCGAACGGGCGAUUGUGUUAGGACGAUAACGUUAGGAAGGGGUCCGUUCGUCUUUAUAAAUCAACUAGUGUUACUGAGAGACGCAGUGUUGUGCGAUUAUGGAAAACAGUUAAUGAUCGUUAGAUUUCCAUUGAUGACACAUAAGUUUGAUUAAUCUAGAUAUAUUUUAUCUAAGAUGUAGAUUGCAGAAAUAUUACUUUUCAUCAAAGACUUUUAUAGUUUAUAAUUUUUAUAACUUUAGUUUAUAGUUUACUUUUAUAGUUCGUCCUAUUAGAGGUAAAACUCAGUUAUUAUUUUAUUUAUCGUAUGGCUCUUGACUCAUUUACAUAUAUUUUGUAUAAAACAUAAUACAUAAUAUGUUUACGAACAUCUAGCUUAUUUAUAUAGUCUAUCGACUCUGGAGUCGCCAUUAGGAAAUGCUCUGACCUACCAUGAUAUGAUAUUGUGGGACACUGUUCUGUGAUGUGACAGAUGGUUUGUGGUUGUCCACAGUCACAGAGUGGGGAUGGUCAUUUAUCACAUUCGUGCAUCAUGUAACCACAUCUGCCGUGUUGGGUUCUGAUUCGGUUCAGCAUACUCCAUAUGUUGCGUGGUAAGUCAAAACCUGGUGGUUUUUGUGCGACGCAGGGUAAGCUGCUAUUUUGUUAUUCCAUCCAUUUUCGAGUCCAUAUGGUCGUUAAAUUGAACUCAUUUUCCACAACAAUCUUUGCUGUUUUUAUUGGCGGUCGUCGGGAGCGUAGACGGUUACCGUUGGCAGUAUCUAUAUCUCGAUGGAUUUGCAGGCUCUCGUUGUCAACUACCUUUCUGUACUCACUAGUGAGUGUGUGUAUGCGUUGUAGUUUGGGUGGUGGAAUGUGGCUCAGGACUGGGAGCCAUUGCGUAGGGGUGGAUUUGAUAACGCUAGCAAUCAUUCUCAUUGUAUUGUUAAUUUGGGCAUCUACUUUUUGUAUAUGUGGGCUGUUAAGCCAGGUCGAAGAGCAGUAUUCCGCGGUUGAGAAGACAAGACCCAUGACAGAUGAUCGCAAGGUGGAAGCCGAUGCUCCCCAUGUUGUGCCACACAGCUUCUGGAUUAUGUUGUUUUUGGAUUUAAGUUUUUCCGCUGUUUUUGUCAGAUGUUCCUUGAAGGAUAAGGUUCUGCCAAGAGUCACCCCAAGUACUUUUGUUUUAUUGUAGGUGAGUGUGGUGUUUUCGAAUUGGAUAUUUAGUAUUCUUCCUGCAAGCUUUUUAUUUAGGUGGAAACUGGAAACCUCUGUUUUCGUAGCGUUUGGUUGGAGCCUCCAUUUACGGAAAUAUUUUCCCACUGUGUGUGAGGUGUGUGAAUUCCGCCGUGAGGAUUUCUUCUGUUUCUUCAAAUGACUUACACCUUGUUGCAAGGACCCAGUCAUCGGCGUAAUCAAACUUCCUUGAUCUGGUCGUAUAUGAGCGAUGUACAGGCUAAAAAGAAGAGGAGCCAGGACAGAUCUCUCGAGGCAGUCCAUUCUUCAGUUUUCUUGGGGUGCUGAUAUCAGUUCUCAUGACCACUUGAAUCGUUCGGUCGGCUAGCAUGUUAUCAGUUCUCAUGACCACUUGAAUCGUUCGGUCAGCUUGCAUGCUGUUGAUUAUUCGAGCGGUGGAUUUACAGGGGAUUGCAGUGAGGAGCUUGUAUACCAUGCCUUCUCUCCAGACUGUAUCGUAGGCCGCUGUUAGGUCUAUGAAUGCGGCUGCAGUUUUAAGUUUUCUCUGGAACCCUGCCUCAAUAAAUGUGGUAAGUGAAAGAACCUAAAUAAGUCGUUCUAAAAGCUUAAACGUCACCGAUAGUAGGGGUAUUGGUCUGUAGUUCUUAGGGUUGUUAUCAUUUGGUUUCCCUGGUUUUAAUAUGGCAAUGACCUUCGAGCGUUUGAGUUCCUGUGGUGUGGUACCGGUCUUCAUAAUGUCUGUGAAAAGUGGAUCAACCAUUCUUUCGCAUAUUUGCCGCCGUUAAUUAAAAAUUUGGGAUGAAUAUUGUCAAAACCUGGGGCUUUACAUCCUGAGAGCAAUAGUGACUUCUUGGGAAGUGAAAGGGCGGGAGUAUUUGAUGUCUGUAGACUGGAAUUUUAUAGUUUUGAGCUCUCGUUUUAAUGUUUUAAUUUUUGUUGUAAAACUUACUAACUACACUUUUCAGAAAGUAGAGUAAAAUCGAUUUAAAGGAACAAAUUGUUUUUUAAAUUCACCUGGAUUGUAAUUUUUUAAUGCAACUUUAAAGAGUAAAUAAAAACAGACAUUCUAUGCCAUGUUCCGUCACAUGAACUAUGAUUUGUUAAAUAUUAGAUUAAUUUUUAUACUUGAUGAGUUUUUCCAUGAACGCAAUAAUUGGAUAUUGUGAAGUUAAUGAAUUUGUCUCCAUAAAGUAUCAAGACUUUGGGAUUCAAAAUUAAAGAAAUGAGUAACAAAAAAUAUAGUACAGAAUGGUAAAAUUAAAACAGGUUAUCUAACCUAUAAGGGAAUUGAAACUGCGAAGCUACACAAUAAGUAAAAAAAAAUCUUGUGAAUUAACUUUUAAUUUCACUCGCCUUCUUUACUCUCGCUAUGAGAUAUUGAUAACUCUGGAACUCGAUCUCCGUGUAUGUUUACUAACUUAUUAUUUGAAAGAUCACUAAGUACCGAUUCGGCGCUCCAGAUUGUAAAGAAAAAGUCACUAAGUACAAUAAUAAAUUUUUUAAUGAGUUUUACCUUGAAGCCGAUAUUCACAAUAAUGCGCUUAGUGAGUUGUACCAUAAAUUAUCUCAGCAAUUAGACUUUAGGCACUUGGUGACUUUUCAAAGGGUGGAUACCGUGUUGAGUACAAAUUGAUGAAAAUGUCAAAAUCUCAAAAAAGUGAUCUUAGUGAGUUUUACCUCUAAUAGGACAAGUUACGAAUGGAAAAAAUCAUUUAAAUAUUUAAUUCAAUUUGUGUUAAUAGUAAUUUCUAUUUAUCACAAGUUUUUCAAUAUAUUAAUGUAUUUAUUAAGUAUUACACAACUGUAAUAAUGUGUUCUACAAAAAUCCUCUGUCAUAUAACUAAUAUGUGUAGAAUUACAUUAUCUUCGUCUUUAAAGUUAUGGUGGUUAUUAUCAUAAUCCCCACAAUAGUAAAAAAUUGAGAUAUUAAUUUUACAAAAUUAAAUUCUAUUUCUGCAAUCGUGUAAUUUUUGUAGUUUUCGCUGCGCACCCUUGUACAUAAAUAUAUUCAGUUGCACAGGGCUAGAUGUUGAGUUUUUUAAAAGCAACUGAAUUUAUUCGUCGCAACAAUUUAUAUUUUUUUAUAAAUCAACUUUAGUAUGUGCCUUAUACAUUUUCGAUAAUUGUUUUUAUUACUGAUCUUUUGUCAAACCGUAGUUGUUUUUUAAUUUAUUAAAUUGUUUUAUAAAUUAUUUAUUAAAAUUGUCGCUAAAACAGCAAGAUUUGUAGUUUUAAUAAAACUCUUUAAAUUUCAUUAUCGGGAAAAAAAGAAAAAUAAAUAACAGUAUGUGUAUUAACAUAUUUCUAAUAAUUUAAUUUUUACCAUAAUUCAUGUAGGACAAAUGUGAUAUAGAGCAGUGCUGAUCUGUUUUGAGAGUCCUUUGGAAAUAAAAUAACUAAUUGAAUUUUCUAUAAGAUGCGACUGGUUAAAAAACAUUUAAUUUAUUACCCUUGCUGCAAUAUGGCAAUAUAUACAAAAAAGGAGGGAAAUAAAGCCUUUUUAUUCAAAGUUCUUCAACCACUUAGGUUGCACUAAAGACCUUCAUAAUUCGCCUAAAAUAAUUUUAUAAUAUAUUAAAACAAUCCACCAAAUUUUAUUAAAAUCGAUUAAAGAUAUUGCGUAAUGAUUUUGGGAUCUAUUUUUUUUUAAAUACUUUGGGCUUUUUGUUUUGAGCCUUAUUUAGUUUUCAAGUUUUCCUGGAACGUUGUUUUUUGCCGUCUUUUCGUUUUGUUUUUUGUUAAGUUUUUAUUAUUUUCUUCCCAUUAGUGUCUUUUUGAAUCUUCUUAUUAGUUUUAUUAGUAUCAUUUUCAUUUUCUGAUUUAGUACCGGUAUUCUUUAAAACUAUUUUACUAAUAUUCUUCUUCCGUUUUCUUAUUUUUUGAUUCUUCUCGAUAUUGAAUUGAGUUUUUUUAGCUUUCUUUUUGGUAUUAAAUUACAAAGGACCCCGCAGAAACCUUAUGGGAAAUGGCUCUCUGUCAAAUGCUCUGAAUCUUUGGGUUAUGGUAGUCCUUGAUGUGGAGAAUAAAAUACUCAAUGGGCGCGUUGCUCCAAAAAAUCAUGGUUUUAAGAUAUAAGUCUCUGAAGUUAUAGGUACCGUGAGGACGUUUGAGUUGGAAUAAAUUCAUUUUCUCGAGAAUGAGUGACUCUGGAGAUAAAUUACGGAGCAGGUCGAUUUUUAUUUUUAAAUUAAAAUUUUUUGGCAUAUAUAUCAUACUAGUGACGUCAUCCAUCUGGGCGUGAUGACGCAAUCGAUGAUUUUUUUAAAUAAGAAUGGGGCUCGUAUGAUAGCUCAUUUGAAAGGUUAUUCAAUUCUCUAUUAAGUAAUGUGAACAUUAACAUAAUUAUUUAUACAGGGUGCCCAAAAUUUUUUUGAAUUAAAUUAAUUGAGACAAAAAGAAGAAUGUAUAUAAUUUAUUUAAUUCGAAAUACAUUUUAAUGUUGUCCGAAAACAGGGAAAAAUGUUUAUUUCAUAAAUAAAUAUUGUUUUUCGCUUAAAUUCAAUAUUAAAGCUGCCACCCACCUGCCUCUUAGCAGUUUGAACAUUUAAUUUAAGCGAAAAGCAAUGUUUAUUUUUCAAAUUAACAUUUUUUUCUGUUUUCUGACAGCAGUAAAAUGUAUUUUGAAUUAAAUAAAUUAUAUACAUUCUUCUUUUUGUCUCAAUUAAUUUAAUUCAAAAAAUUUUUUUGUCACCCUGCAUAAAUAAUUAUGUUAAUAUUUAUAUUAGUUUGUAUAACCUUUCAAAUGAGCUGUCACACGACCCCUAUUCUUAUUUAAAAAAUCAUCGAUUGCGUCAUCACGCUCAGAUGGAUGACGUCACUAGUAUGAUAUAUAUGUCAAAAAAUUAUAAUUUAAAAAUAAAAAUCGACCUGAUUCGUAAUUUAUGUCCAGAGUCGCAGAUUCUCGAGAAAAUGAAUUUAUUCCAACUCAACCGUCCUCACUGUGCCUAUAACUUCAGAGGCUUAUAUCUUAAAACCAUGAUUUUUUAGAGCUACGCUCCAAUUGAGUCUAUUGUUCUACACAUCCAGGAGCCAUUUUCCAUAAGGUUUCUGCGGGGUCCUUUAGCCAAAAAGUUUAAAAUGUCUACGUCUAUACAAAUCAAUAAACUUCAAAUUUGCUGCUGCAAAUACUAUAGAGGGAGACAUGAACCACUGAGCAUAUCGCUCACACCCGCCAUGGGCCAACUCUCCCGCACACACUUUUUGGACAUUAAAUUUUACUCGCAGACAAAAAAUCAAUGUUAGAAACACUUAGCUCACGUCCAACGACAAUAAUCAGGCAAUACAAUAGUAAUAACCCACAAUGCGUACCUCUAAACGCGGCCACAAUCUCAAAACUGCAAAAAGUAAUAAAAUUUACUCUGCCGUAACAAAAACGCCUUUCUGAACCUAAUAGCCAAAUGAACUUCUUCUUCAAGUGCCAUCUCUGCGACGGAGGUCGGCAAUCAUCAUAGCUAUUCGGACAUUGGAGACGGCUGCUCUGAAAAGUUCAUUUGAUGUACAUCCGUAACAUUCUCUCAGGUUGCGCAACCACGAUAUUCUGCGUCUCCCUAUGCUUCUCUUUCCUAGAAUAUUUCCCUGCAUAUUGAGUUGGAGCAAGCUGUAUCUCUCACCAUGUGUAAUAUGUCAGAGAUAUUCCAAUUUUCUGGUUUUGAUUGUAUUUAAGACUUCCAUUUCUUUAUUCAUCUUUCUCAGAACCUCUUUGUUUGUGACGUGUUCUGUCCAUGAUAUUUUCAGAAUUCUUCUAUAUACCCACAACUCGAAUGAUUCCAGUUUUUUCAUUGAUGCCGCAUUCAAGGUCCAAGCUUUGAUUCCGUAAAACAGAGUCGAGAAAACGUAGCACCUAGCCAACCUUACACCUAGCUCUAACUUUAGAUCUCUUGUGUCUCAUUUUGUUAAAAUUCGCUCUAGUCUUUUCUAUUCUGAUUUUAAUCUCCUGGAAGUAAUCAUUUGUGGAGUUGCUCAUUGUUCCAAGGUCAUAUUGGUCUAUUCGUUCGACAUUGGUUCCGUUUAUGAGGAGAUUCUCGUUAUGUCUUUGAGUUUAGAUAUUCUCAUAAAUUGUGGCUUCUUAAUGUUCAUUGUUAGACCGUAUUCUUGGCAAUAUAUCGCUAUUCUGUUCACCAGUCUCUGAAUAUCUUCAAUAUUUUCGGCUAAACCGAUAGUGUUAUCCGCAUAUCUAAUGUUGUUAAUGUUUUUAGGAUCUCUUUCGAGUAGGCAUUAAAGAGAACUGGCGACAAUAUGCAUCCCUGUCUCACCCCACGUCUAAUUUCAAUGAACAGGCCAUUGUAAAAAAGGGCAGCAUGCUUGUUAUUGGCAUCCCUCGUGCUAUCAAAGACCAUCUUGUUUGGUUAGAGCGAAAUUUAAGUUGAAUUUUAAAAGAUAGUUCAACUCUGCCACCUGGUCAAGUCUCUCGGACUCCUACAUUUUUCUCCUAUGUUGUAGACUUUUUUUAGAAAAACUUACCAAACUUGUACCUUUUAUCGCUUUUAAUACAAAUAUAUUAUUAUUUGAAAAGUCUCUAAUUAUUUAAAUAAUAUUUUUUUUUAAACAAAUUAAUUUUUUUUGUCACAGGGCGUAAUUCUUCUGCGAUGUUCGUCAUCUCGGUCCCUACGGACAGGUACUUUGUUUUUUGAUAUAUUAAUUUCGAACCUUCAGUUUCUACAUUACUCUUGAAGUUUCCUUAUAUAUUCCAGAUCAUAUAUUCCUUGCCAUAUAGUUCUCAGCAAACUGCAAAGUAUAUAAACACAUCCUUAAGAUCUUCACCCAUACCUACCCAAUAUACCAUUUACGUUCAAUUACUUCAAUACCGUCACAGAAUAUAGCUUAACGAGGUUGGCGAAAUACAGCAUCUUUAAAGGAGCUUUAUUCAUCUUCAUAAGGAUUUAAAUUUCUAUUAUCAUAUAAUUUAUUAUAGAACAAAUUUUGCUGUUUUCAAGUAAAAAUCAAGAAUUGAGGUUACAGUUAUGGUAACUAUUUUUGUAAUUGUUAAUAAAGUUUUUAUAAUAAA